AUGCAACGUCAACAAGUUCAGUCACGGUUGAUUGCAUGUGAUUAUUUGGAGGCAAAUAUUGAUCUAGUGGAUAUCUUGGCAUCAAGGUAUGUAUUGGAGUCGGAGCAUAUGAAGAAAUUCUUUGACUUAAUUCAGCUUCCAAAGUUCGAUAUCGUAGCUGAUGCUGCAGCAACAUUCAAGGAAGUCUUGACACGACACAAAUCAACAGUUGCUGAGAUUCUUUCUAAAAACUAUCACCGGAGUACAACUCAAAUCUCCUUGAGAAAUGAAUGA